AUGAGUGAAUAAUUGGAUUUGCUUCUCUUUCCAAUUGAGAUUGUAGUAUUUUGUGCUUUAGCUUUUGGGAUAUUCAAAUUAAAGAAGAAAUUUCCAAAUUUAUUGUUUCCAUGUUAAGGGGUAACCAUAUAUUUAUCUCCUGAUGGUGAAGAUCUUAAAGAAAGUAAAGAUAAGAAAAUAAAGACAUUGGUUUAAAUUAAGACAAUAUCAAGUUAAGCUUAACAUUUUUAAUAAGUCCCUUUUGCAAAUGACUUAGAAAUUACAAUGUUAUUUAUCUAUAUGUUAUUUUCAUAAUUUGUGAUAGUUGAGAUAAUGAAAAUGAUUGGCUCAACUCUAGGAUAUUAUGUUAUUGAUAGUGGAAUGUUAUUUUAUUUUGAUGGCAUCAUUGUCAUUAUGAUUAUAAGUAAUGAUAUAUUUUUUACAAUAGGAAAUAUUUUUAAAGCAGCAACUAUUGGAGGAUAUGAUUCUUAAUAAACAAAAAUGUCUAUUGUAAUUUGUAUUAUUUCUAUACUAAUAACAAUCUUUAUUAAUUUGGGAUUUAAAGAUUUCUUAAAUAUUAACAUGAGACAUGAAUUUUAAAGAUUAGCUGUUCAUCUUGAAAUUGUAUUUAGAACACUUAUUCAACCAGGAGUAUGGUCAUUUUUGGGAUAAUUUGGAGAUUUAUUUGUAAUUGUUUUAGCUUUAAUGGUUUCUAUUAUAAUAUUUUGUAUUUUGCCAAUUUUAAUAAGAUUUGGAAAUUGUUUUACAGAAUUAAAAAAUAAUCUAACAACAACAGAAAAAGCAUAAUCAAAGUUUUUUUAUUUAAUAGCUGGUUAAUUAAUAGCACAUAUAAUUUAUGUAGCUUUAUACAUUAAACCACUAAUAUAAAAUUUGAAUUACGUCUUUCAUUUUCAAUUUAUUGCAAUAAUGAUAAUUGGAUUAUUACAAAUAAUGACUUAUACUUUAGAAAUGGAUAAACAUAUGGUUAAAGGAUAUGAUUGGAUUUUGAUAUUGAAAGAUUAACCAGAAUAAUAGGAUUAUGUAAAGAGAAGAGUUGAAGGGUUAUUAAGAGGAUUUGUUAUUGUUGCUUACUAAUUAUUAUCAAAAAUAGCUAUUCCAAUUCUAUUAUUUAUGAUUUUGUUAUUGAAGAAUUCUUAAAUUCCAGAAACUAAUAUAAGAUAUAAUUAUUUACCUGCAAAUUAUGAAUUAAAUGAAAUGUAUUGUGUAAAAGAAUAAAUUAUAAUGAUGGAUUAUUUAUUUGAAGAUAAGGAUGAUCCUAUUGAAGAUGGUAAAAAUAUUAAUAAUUACUAUUUUAGUUGGAUAAGAUCCAUCAAAAAUAAUUAUGAAAAGGAUUACAAAAUAUGGCAUCUUUACAAAAUCUUUUAUUUAUACAUUUAUAGAGUUUAUUCUUUUCAAUUAUUAUUUUAUUAGCUUUGUAUUAUCCAUAUUUUAUAUCUUUUUCCUAAAUAAGACUUAAUCAGUGAAACAAACACAAAAGAAGAAAAAGUAAUGA